AUGGCCUUCCUAAUCCUGGUCAUCGGCGACCUGCACAUCCCGGACCGCGCCCUCGACAUACCCCCUAAAUUCAAGAAACUCCUCGCACCCGGCAAGAUCGGCCAAACCCUUUGCCUCGGCAACCUGACGGACCGGACGACGUACGAGUACCUGCGCAGCGUCGCACCGGAUCUCAAGAUAGUCAAGGGCCGCCUGGAUGUCGAGGCCACCUCGCUGCCGCUGUCACAGGUUGUCACCCACGGCAGCAUCCGCAUCGGGUUCCUCGAGGGCUUCACGCUCGUCAGCAACGAGCCCGACCUGCUGCUCGCAGAGGCCAACAAGCUCGAUGUCGACGUGCUGUGCUGGGGCGGCACCCACCGCUUCGAGUGCUUCGAGUAUAUGGACAAGUUCUUCAUCAAUCCGGGCAGCGCGACCGGCGCUUUCUCGACCGGCUGGGGCACCGAGGACGAUAUAGUGCCCAGCUUUUGUCUGAUGGAUGUCCAAGGAAUAUCACUUACACUUUACGUGUAUCAGUUGAGAAAAGAUGAAAAUGGAGUGGAGAAUGUGGCCGUGGAAAAGGUCACGUAUACGAAAGUAGUCGAGCCCCCAACAACAGCUCCGACAUCAUGA